AUGUACAGAGUUAAACCAACUCUAUCAUGUACAAUGAAUGAUAAUCUUAACAGUUCAAUAUAUUCAAGUUUCAAACAAUCAUCAACCUUAUUAACAAACACUAAUGAACAAUUAGAUAAAUUAUGGAAUUUAUUAGUAAAAUUUGAUAAAAUAUCAAUAUCAUCAAUUGAUAUUAAUAUUGAAGAAAAUGAUGAUACUACUAAUACUACUACUACUACUACUAGAGUUGAUCAAUUUAUUUCUAUUGAAAAAUUUUAUAAAUUAUUAAUUAAUUAUCAUAAAUUAAUUGAAUUAAUAACUAUCAAGAAUAAUGAAUUAACAAUAAUGAAAUUCCAAUGUUUUCAAAUCAUUCGUAAUGUUCAACAACAAGAACAAUUGAAUUCAAAGAAUAACAAUUUUGAUACUUUAUCAACAACAACAAGUACAAUUUCUUCUUCACUUAACGAAACAGGUAAGAAACUUCAAGAUAUAUUUAAUCCAAAAGAAGAAUUUGAUUCUACAUUAUAA